UAUGUGCCCCCCCGGCCCCCUAGCACUGCCAGCCCUGCACCCAGCCCAGUGCCGGGGAGAGGAGAUGGGCGCAGGACGGGGCGUCCCCAUGGCCCAGCUGGCCCUGCUCACCCUGCUGGCCCUGCCGGGUGCCGGGGCAGUGAGAGUGGAUCACGUGCACUACCAGGCGGAGUUCUACCAGCGCACGGACCGAUCCCAGCAGGAGUCUGGGGAGUUCAUGCAAGAGUUCGACCAGGACGAGAUCUUGUACGUUGACCUGGAGAGGAAGGAGACCGUCUGGCGCCUGCCCAACUUUGGCAAGUUCGCCAGCUUCGAGGCGCAGGGCGCCCUGAGCAACAUCGCCGUGGACAAGCACAACCUGGAGAUCCUCAUCAAGCGGUCCAACUGGACACGGGCUGAGAAUGUGCCCCCUGAGGUGACCGUGUUCUCUGAAGAACCCGUGGAGCUGGGGGAGCCCAACGUCCUGAUCUGCUUCGCGGACAAGUUCUCCCCACCGGUGCUCAGCGUGACGUGGCUGAAGAACGGGCAGGAGGUGACGGGGGGCGUCUACGAGACCGACUUCUAUCCCCGCCAGGACAACUCUUUCCGCAAGUUCUCCUACCUGCCCUUCCUCCCCAGCCAGGGCGACUUCUACGACUGCCGGGUGGAGCACGAGGGACUGCCCAAGCCCUUCACGAAGCACUGGGAAGCCCAGGUGCCCACCCCCGUCCCCGAGACCACAGAGACCCUGGUGUGCGCCCUGGGCCUGGCUGUGGGCAUCGUCGGCAUCAUCGCAGGCACCAUCCUCAUCAUCAAGGGGAUGAAGAUGAACGCCGCCCGCAACCCACGGGGCCCCUUAUAAACGCGGGGAGGAACUGGGGCCCCUUAACCCUCAGGUGCCUUCGUGAGACCCCCCCAGCAUCCCUGCUCCUGUCAUGUUGCUGCCAGCUGCUGUACCCAGGCGGGAGCCCCCCAGCCCCGUAACUGCGCCAAGUCAACCCACUAGAGACUCACCAGGGAGCCGGCCCCCUUGGGCUGCCCCUGCACCCCCUUGCUGGGCUUGGGAGGGGGGCACCUAUCCAAGGAGAGGGUUGCUGCCCAUGGGGCUGGGAAUGGGGGUCGCCCCUCGUCAGGGGGCAGCAGGGGAGAGGGCUGCUGUCCCAUGGGGCUGGGAAUGGGAGUCGCCCCUCAUCAGGGGGCAGCAGGGCCCAUGGGGCUGAUCCAAACCCCAUUGCCAUCAAGGGGAAGGUUUCGCUUGACUCCAGUGGGUGCUGGAUUGGGCCCCGAGCCCGGCCCCUAUUGGCCAGAGGCUGCUGUCAGUCACCUCAGGUGAAGCCCCUCCAGCCAUUACCCAGCAGGCUUUGGGCCAGAUUCGGCCAUUCCUGGUCAAUGGGGUCCCUGUGGGGCAGGAUCAGGCCCAUGGCUAGGGGGGCAGCCUCAGCGCCCGGUUAAAGGCCCCAUCGCACCCGUGUGCUGCUCCCCCGGGGUCCAGCCCUGCUGAGCCCAGCGCGGGGUCUGUGUGGGAAGGGCCAGUCCCUGUACAGGCCCUGCCGUGUGCCCUGUGUGUGUCCACACCCUGCGUGCCCCCCCCCCAUCACUCUGCAGCUUUGCUAACAGCAAUAAAGUGGGCUUUUGGGA